AUGGGUUUGUCUUCGUUUGACAAAUAUUCUUCGUGUUCAUCGUAUUGUUCAACAUUAAACAGUCAAUCAUUGACAAAACGUUUAAUUGAAUUGUCGAACACACCUUCAAGAUCUUCGCUACGCUUUGCACAUACACCCGAAUGGGCCGAUGGUCUCGAGACAUGGAAUUAUUCGCAGAAUUCAACGAUAAAAACGGAUUUAUCACGACGCAACUUAGAUUUUCAUGAUGAUAUUGGACUUUAUUUACCUCGAUGUGAAAAACCGAAAUCUGCGCCGACUUGUUUGAAAAAUCUUCAAAUCAAUUCAAAAGUUCCUCCGAAUAAUGUUCCUCCGGAAAGAAUUCGUCAUUUAUUAAAACGCGAAAAAGAUCUUUUAUCUCAAAAUGAACCUCCGUCAGAUGAAAUUUUGCCCAAAGUUCCAACAAACACCUAUCGAUCGUCUACUUCUCUUGAACUAACAACAACCAAUGACAUUCGUCUUCCGUUCCGUCAACCGACAACUAUAAAAACAACUUGUACCACUCCCGAUCAACCAUUAAAUCAAGACGUUCUCAAAAGUCUAUUAGAAGAACAUUUAACAUCUUUAUUAACACGUGGUGCAUCAACAGUCAAUUCUAAUCGACCAACAAAUGAACCAAAACAGCAAAGUCGAACUGAUAAACGUGAUGAAAUCAUACCAACACCUUUGUCGACGAUCUCAACAUCACAUUUUAUUGUUCAACAAAAAUCCCCGAUGGGUUUAACAAUAACACCGGUCGACGCGUCUCCACAAAGACAUUUUCAGAGUGUUUCAUUGGAGAAAUUAGCUCAACAAAGAAGUUUUCUACAAGAUAACGAACUCUCUUCUCCAUCAACAACGAAUAGUACACGACCUUCGACCGAACCUGUUUCAUUUCCUCCUCCAACUCAUCGAUAUCAACAACAACAAAAAGUUGUUUUAAAACGAAAUUUGGAAACAACCCAUUCGUCUUCCGGUGAUCUUUUCGUUUCCAAUGAAAAUUCCAAUAAAUUCUCUGAACACAAUCAAUUGAUUCAAAAUUUCCGUAAAGGACAUCCACAUCACGGAACAACAACUAAACCGAAAAAUCAACGGACAAACCGAACAACAACGAUCGAACUUUUACCACCGAUCGUUUCCGGCAAACGUGUUCACAUUUCCUUAGCAAAUCACCGAUAUUUAUAA